AUGUUGAGAAGACAGGCGCGUUUGCGUCGCGAGUAUCUAUACAGAAAGUCCGCUGAAGAUAAACAAAAAAGUAUUCAAGCUAAAAAAGACCAAUUAAAGAAAUGUUUAGAAGAAAACAUUCCAAUCCACGGCGACUUGAGAAAAGAAGCUUUAGCUUUGCAGAAAAGGCUUGAAUUCGAUGAUAAGGGGCCGGAGCGAGCUGCUGUUAUAGGUGGAUUCAGUGGUGGAGCCAACACCUUAAAUUCCCAAGAUGAUGAAUAUAGGUAUGCAGGUGUUGAGGAUCCAAAGAUUAUGAUAACCACAUCAAGAGAACCUAGUGCUAGGUUAAAGAUGUUUGUGAAAGAGCUAAGGUUGAUAUUCCCGAACAGUCAAAGAAUGAAUCGUGGUGGUUAUGAAAUGUCACAGUUAAUCCACGCAUGCAGAGCUAAUGAUGUAACAGAUUUUAUUGUUGUUCAUGAACACAGAGGUGUGCCAGAUAGCUUGGUAAUAUGCCACCUUCCAUAUGGGCCCACAGCAUCUUUUACAUUAUCAGGAGUGGUGAUGAGACAUGAUAUCCCUGACAUUGGCCCGAUGAGUGAACAGUAUCCUCACUUGAUCUUCCACAAUUUUAAAACUGAUCUAGGUAAAAGGACAAUGAGUAUCCUAAAGUACCUGUUUCCUGUACCGAAACCUGACUCAAAGCGAGUCAUUACAUUUGCAAAUAAUGAUGAUUACGUCUGCUUUAGACAACAUACGUAUAAAAAGGCUGGCAAGGAAAUAGAACUCUCUGAAGUAGGACCACGAUUUCAAAUGAAGCUUUAUGAAAUCAAACUUGGUACUUUGGAAGCCCUAGAUGCAGCUGAUACAGAAUGGGCGCUACGCCCCUACAUGAACACAGCAGCUAAGAGACGUUUCCUGAGCGAAGAAGAUGGGUGGCAGGAGGAGGAAUAA